UAUGGGAACGAACAAAGGCGAAACAAGUGAAAACACCCACAAUUCACAAUAUGAUGAUGAUUUGCUAUUGCAUUAACUGUAUCGACAAUGCGAUCGCCCAACAUAAAUUGGUGGUUCGGAUCGGCGCGUGCGCUUGAGACGGGCGCUUUGGGGCCUCGGCACGGAAGCGAAACGGAGCGCAUUCCACGCCACAUUCCAGCUGGGAAUGGCCCCUGUGCCUUGGUCAUGAUCGUGUUAUAAAAUAAUUUGGACGCACUGUGCCAGCAAUCAUUCCAUAUCGAGCCACUCGAGCGAACGCAUCGCCAGCUUUUUCCUCAACCUCACAAAUCACAAGCAAAAUGGAUAAUCGUCGUGUGCUGCUGAAGCUAUCGUUCUUGGCUAUUCUGGUGCUACUUUUUGUUCUGGUGCAGGAGACAAGCGCCGGUAGUCAACAGAAGAAGAAGAAGAUUGUCAUCCAUGUGCCAGUUCAUAAGAAGAUCGAGAAACAUGUGCAUACGAUUAUAAAGCAUGUGCAUCAUCAUCAUAAGCCGAUUGUCCUAAAGGAGGAGAAGAAAAUCAUACACGAGGAGCAUCGUCCCAUACAAAUCCAUCAGACCAAGGAGCACAUACAUCAUCACGAGAAGCACGAUCAUGCCCAUCACGAUCAUCACGAGCAUCACGAACACCAUUCACCCAUCGAACACUCGCUCGAGCAGGAGGAGGAGGAGCAUAUCCAUCAUCAUCACAACUAUGAGCACAAAGAUGGUUUCAUUGGCAGCGAGACGGAUGCCAGCAGCAGCAGCAGCAGCAUCGGUAGCAGUGAGGAGCGCUGACACUGAGUGCGGCGACGUAGACUGAAGAUUAACUAAAGAGAAGAAAGCACAAAACGUGGCUCGAUAUGUUCUGUGGGUGAUUUUUACUUUGUGAUGUAAUGCUUAGAUAUAGGCACAAAACUUGUUU